AAAUUACCCUUGUUAAAUCAUCUGUUACUUUCAAAAAACUUCAAAAAUUUCGCAACUUUAACCUUUUUUUUCAUACCCUUCACUUGAAUUCGGCCUAUUUUUAACCAAUGACAAUGACACAAGAUUACUCCUUUUCCUAUGCUUUUGUGUUGCUUACAAAAGAGUUGUAGUUGAAGUACUAAAAUUUGAAUUUCAUCUGAGUUAUUUUUGCAGCUUUCCUUUUUUUGUCAUUUUUUGGAUUUAUUGUUUACACAAAAAUGUCUACUGGGGACUGCAGGUUAAGGUUAAUAAAUUUUUGUUUCCAAGGAAGUAUAACAGAAGAAAUCAUGGGGAGUUCAGUAACAGAUGAGAGUCAUGAUUUGGGUUAUGAAGCUUCAUCAUCAUCUUUCGAUCCCAACGAUCAAUCGACGAAUUCUCCAAUGAGCACUGCCUCUUUUAAUUACUGCAGAACUAGUUCAGAGAUGUCAACUGAUAGCUGCUCUGAGGCUGCGUCCCCGGUUAGGUGGAACCCGCCGAGGGCCGCUACCCCUCCUAUGGCUUCACCUUCUAGGCUUGGAAUGAAGAAGUACAUGUAUAGCAUUGAUUCAGGGCUUGAUGAAUUGGAGAUAAUAGAUUUAGAGCUUGAGAUUAUGAAAGAAAGAUUUUCAAAGCUUCUGCUGGGUGAAGACAUGUCAGGAGGCGGGAAAGGUGUAUGUACUGCGGUCACAAUCUCUAAUGCUAUUACUAAUCUCUAUGCUACAAUAUUUGGCAACGCUUUGAAGUUGGAACCUAUGAAACCGGAGAAGAAGAUGAUGUGGAAAAAAGAAAUGGAUUGUCUUCUCUCAGUUUGUGAUUACAUUGUGGAGUUUGUUCCUGAAGAUGGACAAGAUCUCGAGGCAAGUGAGUUACGGAGUUGUACAUUACAUUUCAUACAUUAUGACAGGAAAACUAAAAUUUCAUUACAUAUUAAAAUUUUGCAGGUAAUGUGUACGAGGCCAAGAACAGAUAUUCAAAUGAACUUACCUGCACUGAGGAAACUUGAUGGAAUGCUCAUGGACAUUCUGGACAGUUUCGAGGAGAAAGAAUUCUGGUAUGCUGAACAAGGCAAUGCAACUGUGAAUUCAUCGAGAACAACCUCAUUUAGGAAGGUUGUAACACGGAAAGAUGAGAAAUGGUGGCUGCCGAUCCCCUGUAUCCCACCGGGUGGUCUCCCUGAAAAUGGCAGGAAACAUUUAAAACAUCAGCGUGAUUGUGCAAAUCAGAUUCACAAAGCUGCCAUGGCCAUUAACAGUAAUACUCUCAAUGAGAUGGAAGUACCAGAAUCUUACAUUAUAGGCCUUCCAAAGAGUGGAAAAUCUUGCCUAGGAGAUGCAAUAUACAAAUACAUGUACAACGCAGAGUAUUUCUCCCCUGACCACCUCCUUGAUACAUUGAAGAUAAACUCGGAACAUGAAGCACUUGACCUUGCUGAUAGAGUAGAAGCUUCCAUGUACACAUGGAAGCGCAAAUCUGGAAUAACACAUUCGAGAUCUUGGAAUGUGAUGAAGGAUUACAAGUCGUCAGAGCCAGAUAGGAAUGACAAGAAUCACGUACUUGCAGAAAGAGCUGAAAGUUUGCUGUUUUUCUUGAAGCAUAGGUUCCCUGGACUAUCACAGACAACAUUAGACACAUGCAAAAUUCAAUACAAUAGGGACGUUGGGCAAGCAAUCUUAGAAAGCUACUCAAGGGUUCUGGAAGGUUUCGCGUUCAAUGUUGCUGCUUGGGUUGAUGAUGUACUCUCUGCAGACAGGUUGAUGAAAAACCAAGAACAGUAAGAGAACAUAAAAGACUUAUCUGAAGACCAAGAAUCUCCGCCUUUUUUGCAUCUUCACAGUACGCUAAACUCUCAUCACAGAGAACACAACAAGGCCAAGAAAUGAACACAGUUUUCAUAUGUGAUGAGCGUCAAAAUUAGCACAAAAGGUCUUUGCCGUUUAAGUCAAUUUAUUCAUCAAUGUAAAAUUGUGCAGCAAGAACUGCUAUAGCCUAGUAUGAUGUUCAACUGUGCAGCAAAAACUGCUAUGGCGGAGUUAUGUUCACAGAUGUAGCUUAUGAUUUUCAAGUUGCAAGUUGUGCAUAAGUUAAACCAUGCAACUUAUAGAUGAUACAAUCAAAGUCCAAAUGCACAAAUGAUCAAUUGGAGAAAAGGAUGUGCAGAGUUUUACAUUCUGUUCAACUCGGUAGUGAAGACAAUUUAAGUUCAAUUUUCAAA